AUGUCGCCUCUGUGGGUUUCAUAUGUCCUCCUAUCAUGGCUGAGCCGUGACUGCUGUGGGCGCACUGGUGGGCUUGACUGGCCCCUGGUGUGGUUGACUGUGAAACCAGGCCACUACUGUUGUGAGUGUGCUGGUGGGCAAGGAUGCUCCUCCUUCCCUUCUGCCCUGUGGGAGUCCCUAGAGGAAGGUGUGGUUUCAGCUGAUGCUUCCCACCAGCUGCUGUGGGGAUGGCAGUUAGGUGGAAGCCACUUGGGAAGUGUGCCUGCUUGGGUGGGCAGGUUUGUAAACCUCUUGCUUUGUACUUUUCUGACCUUUUUAUCUCACUCUUUCAUAGGUACUUCCUAUUUAACAGACAUUGUGUGGUGGGCAGGCACAAUUGCAAUGGCUGUUGGCCAGAUUGGAAACUUCCUGGCUUACACGGCGGUCCCCACAGUCCUGGUGACUCCACUGGGUGCCCUUGGAGUGCCGUUUGGGUCCAUUUUAGCUUCUUAUCUUCUAAAGGAAAAGCUCAACAUCUUGGGCAAGUUGGGAUGUCUGCUAAGCUGUGCAGGUUCUGUUGUACUGAUUAUCCACUCCCCGAAAUCUGAGAGUGUGACCACUCAGGCUGAGCUGGAAGAGAAGCUGACUAACCCAGUGUUUGUGGGCUAUUUGUGUAUCGUGCUCCUUAUGCUGCUACUGCUCAUCUUUUGGAUUGCACCAGCCCAUGGGCCUACCAACAUCAUGGUCUACAUCAGUAUCUGCUCUUUGCUGGGGAGUUUCACCGUGCCUUCCACCAAGGGCAUCGGGCUGGCAGCCCAAGACAUCUUCCACAACAACCCAUCCAGUCAACGGGCACUCUGCCUGUGCCUGGUGCUCCUCGCCGUGCUUGGUUGCAGCAUCAUUGUCCAGUUCAGGUACAUCAACAAGGCACUUGAGUGCUUCGACUCCUCUGUGUUCGGGGCCAUCUAUUACGUCGUAUUCACCACCCUCGUCCUGUUAGCCUCGGCCAUCCUCUUUCGGGAAUGGAGCAACGUGGGCCUGGUGGACUUCUUGGGUAUGGCCUGUGGGUUCACUACUGUCUCUGUUGGGAUUGUCCUUAUACAGGUGUUCAAAGAGUUCAAUUUCAACCUUGGGGAGAUGAACAAAUCUAAUAUGAAAACAGACUAGGAUGCAACAGGGGGGUGGGUGGCUCAAGGAAUAGGAAAUGGAUGUGGUUUCUGGUCCUAAUUUGAUGUGAAGUAGAAGAGACCCUAAUCACUGGUAUUAAAGUUGCUUGCAUAUUAAUGGGUGGUCUGGUGGACAGUAGGGAGCAUCGCUCAGCAUCCAAGUAGGGGCCCAGCCCUCUGCAGUCUAAAGUUGCUAAAUGGUUGUCUGGGCAUCAUCUCUCUCUGAUGAGAGGAAUCUCAUGUUCAUUGCCAUUAACCUGGAAGCUUUCAUGAAUACUAUUUCCUUUAACAAUAUUUUAACAUUAUUUAAUAGAAAAUAAAGUUGGGCUCUUUCUGGUUAGUCUUUGCAGGGGAGCAGAUAUUGUUACUUAGAAGAUUACUUUGGAAAUGGGGGAAAUUGUUGUCUUAUAGUCUGACUAUACAGUAAAUGUGUCUAUAGUUGUGUUAUUUUGCAUUAAGCAUGUAUAAAAUUCAGGUACCUCAUCCAAAUAAGAAGUAUAUACAUUUAAUUGUUUUUAAUCCGCUAAUGAGCUGACUCUCCCACCUCCUACUCCAAGACAUUUUAAUUGAACAUAGAGAGAGAAUGAGUGGACAUGAUGCAGAGUUCCAUUUAUAGGAUGACUUUCAAUAGCUCAAAUCAAUUUCAGUGCCUUUAUCACUUGAACUCUUCACUUAAUUUGACUAUUACUAUGUGUAUGUUCUCUUAGGAUAACUCUUUGAUUAUACUUUAAUAUUUCACUAUUCAAAAUAUAAAUGUAUAGAGCAGUUAGAAAUAACAGUAUAUUCAUUUGUUGGAAGAAAGUCACAGUGAAAGACACAUAAGAGCAAAUUGACCUUUUUAUUUUUAGCAUGUAUUUAUUGUCCAAUUAAAGACAGUUGACUUAAGUAGCAUAAGGUAUUUUAUUUGUAUUUAAUCUAUGUAACUGGGACCCAGUAUCAAAUAUAUCCACAUUCUCUUUCAGUGACCAUUGUGGCCAUUCCAAAGAAAUAAAUUAUUCAACUUGAUAAUAAGGUUGUUAGAUGAGAGAGUAACUGUUCAAUAGCACAUAUGUCAGGUUCCCUAUAAUACAGGAACAGGUUAAAAGACACAGUCAAGCUCAGGCAAGUUUCUGAAAAUUGGAACAUACAAAGUAAGUUUUCAAAAGAAUUUCUUCUAAAAUGAAAACAAUUAAUUUAGCCAUCUCCCUGUUGUUUGAGAUGGCAGAGCACCCUACAAUUCCUCACCCAACCUCUCAUUAAUCUUCUGAAAUGCAAAAUAGCCACUAAAUAUGCCAGUAUUUGGAUCAAAGAGAUCAUUUGUCUGUUUAUAGUAACCUCCUAUGUAUAGUAAGUGGGAGCAAAGCACAAAGUGAUGCAAAUUAUUUCAUCAAGAUAUCAUGUACUUCAUAUGCAAUGUUUUAUCUAAAUAGGGAACUGUGCCAAGUUGGAAAAUGGGAUUGGGUAAGGCAGAAUUAGCGAACUAGAAUAUCACAUUUAAUAAUACCCAAUUAAAGUUACUCACUAAGGAAAAAAAUAUUUUUUCAGGCAAAAAGAACAUUUCUAAAGACCAAAGAAAUUGUUCCCUAAAGUGUGGGGAGGCUAAAUAAAAGGCUAAAUAAAAGAGGCUAAAUAAAAUGAGGAUAGUUUAACAUACAGUGAAGAACACCUUUAUGAAUUAAAAGUAGAUGUGAUGGCAUGAGUUGUCAGUGAUUAGUGAACUAAGAGCAGCAACAAAAUUGUUUAAAAAAUUUUUAAUCUUACAUUAACUGACAGUUAAUAAAUACUCAAAAAGUCCCUCACUUUUUUUUAUCAGCUCCUAAAGAUUUGGGUUUUUUUAUUAUCAGGUAUUUUUAGGAAUGCAAGCCUUAAUUUAUUGAACUGAACUUUCUGAAAAUAUCAUGUAGCAGUGUCAGUAUAAUAGUUUCCUACAUAAGGAGUUUGAGACAUUAAAAGAAUACAUGUGGUGAACAAAAGUAUACUGAGAAAGUUCAUGUGUCUUAAGGAAAUUAUCUUGUUUAUUUUGUUACAGCUUACAGUUGAAGCUUAGUUUAAAUUCAUCUAUUAGUGUUCCUCAUUAUAUUUUAGUUCACGGUUACACCAUGGAUACUCAGCAGUGGUAUUUUCUGGAUGAUCAUCCCUGUUUUGUUUUGUUUUGUUUUGUUUAUAGCAAAACAAAAUCUGAAAGUAGUAAUAGCUGAUCUCCUCUUUAAGGAUGACUUGUUCUGGAACAGUUGGACUCUCCCAGGUUUAGCAGAUUAUUUUGGUGGGAUGAACAGCUUUCCUUCCAGUGGGACAAAGUUCUUAGGAUUGUAUUUCAAGUGUGUGACUCUAGCCUCAAAUGGACAUGACCAGCAGUCUAAAGAGCCCAAUUUUCAAGUUUGACAUAGAGCAUAUA